AUGGGUCCUGGUCCACCUUCGGUGACAUCCUUUGAGGGGGAGCUUGAUCCUUUGGUCGCGGAAUGGGCGGCGUCGGAAGAAGACCUUGCUACCGUCUUUGACGUCUACAAUUCUCCCAUGAAAGGCACACCUCUCGUCUCUGACGAACCCAUGCUCCCCAGUCUUGCGGCUUCUCAGAGCCCUCACCACGAUUUUCCGCCCCCAGUUCUGGACCCCGUGUCUACACCGCCCCCGCCACCAGUUCUCCGCCGUAGUGAUCGAGAUCGUAGGCUGCCUGCCAAGCUCGCCAUAUAUUAUGUCGAGUUACCCAGCUCUUCUUCCUCGCCUGCGCUCACCCAUCCUAUCUCCAACCAUGUAAGCUAUCAUCGUUGCUCAUAUUCUCAUUGUGCGUUCUCAGCUGCUAUUUAA